AUGUCAGACAUUGCCGUUAUUGGUGUAACACCCAAGCCCACCAUUAGCAAAGAGGAGGAUAGGCGUCUCAAGCUGCAGCAAUGGAAAGAGAGCAAGGCGGCAUUGGAAAAGAAGGUGACCCCUGCAGAGAGAAAGGCUGCACCGGACAGGAAGGCGCAGUUCUUUGAGCGAAGGGAGCGACGGCUCCGAGAGGAGCGAGAGAAACGGGCAUCAAGGUCCGGAAAGGAAAACAACAUGCCACCGGUGGAGGCAAGUAGGAAGGCUGCUGGCUCGGAUCAAACACAAAGGCUCUCGUCCACUCCUAGGCCCCGGCCAGCCUCGAACGACCAAGUAAAGCUCACGGAGACUACGCCAGCCUCCACUGCGGGGCAGCCAAGGGUAAAGCAAGCAGCGGCCACCCCUUCCUCGGCACCCGGGAGAGCUCCCAAAGCCCCGACAAACGCCGCCACCGCUGUCGCCGCCGCCGCCGGCGGCAUGGUUGGGGGGGGAGGGGGCGUACAAUCCCACGGGACCCCGACCCGCUCGUCGGCCUUGCUCCGACCGAGGGCCUCCCCCUACAAGGACAAGAGCCUGUCGAGUGCGGCGCCCUCGGGUGUGACUGACCAGGCUGGUCGAUCGCCGGCUGUUCCUGGGGAUCGGCUGGGCGGGCAGUUGGCCAGGUUGAGUACGGCUCAAGCAGGGGGGCGGCGGGAGGGGCCCGCGGGGGGGGCACCGGCCCGGAGGGAGACGUUUCAGAGCUCGAGGACGUUGUCGACGACGGAGUCGAAGAUGGGGCUGGCGGUUCCGACAAGGCCGGUGAUUCGCCGUGUGUCUUCGUCCGUGCCUGCCGACGAAGCGGCCGUAGGCAGGCGUGGUGGCGGUGGCGGUGGCGGUGGCGGCGGUAGUGGCAUGAUGGACCAGAGGGGGCUGGUGUCGCCUACAGCGGCCGAGUGCAAUGAUGGGCAGCAGAGGUCGUCGGCAGUGGCACUAGAGGCGGUGGCUACGUCGCGGCCGACGUUGACGCAGGCCUUUAUGCGGCAGGACCUAGCGGAGCGGGAGGCGAGACCAGCUGCCUGUGCCAAGUUGCCCCGAGGGGACGGCAAGACAACGGCUGCGGCAGCGAGGGUUGAUGACAAGGGUACGAGCGAUCCUUGGGUCUGGGAGGCAUCGCCUCAGCCGCCGCCGCCUCCGGAGCCGCGACCUGGUCCAACAGAGACGCCAGUGGUGGUAGUCGCCAGUGAGGGAGAUGAGGGUGUUGGCAAUGUCGCCGCGCUGACGAGGCGCGAGAGCAAGCCAGAAAGGGGGUGCAGGAAGAGUGUUCUCGAGGAAGAAGGAGGGGGCUCCGUUCCGAUGCCGGCGGGGUCACAUUCGAUGUCCGUGCUGGAGAAAAAUAAACAGGCCCGACAAAUGCCGGAGGCGACCGGGACGUAUCUUCCGACGCAGCGGGGACGUGCCGCUACAGGAGGUACACCAGCUGUUGCAAAGGAGGCAGAACUGGUCUUGGCAGCAACAGCAGCUGCAGAUGCAACAGCAGCAGCCGAUGUAUCAGCAGAGAAGACACCGGCAAAGACGGGCCAAGUGGGGCGGGAGGCGGCGAAAUCGAGUGAGGUUGACUCGAAAGUGGAACACAAAUCGUCCGUGUUUUCACGGUUUUCUUCCGUAUUUUCGCGGAGACGUCAUCCCCCCACCGUGGCAGAGAACGACGGAACGGUAGCAAGGGGUGAGGUCCCAGCCGUUCCUGUUGCCACUAUGAAGGAAAGCAGGCGGGGCGAGGAGCCGGCGCAGCCUGCGCGAGAGUCUAAUGAGGAGGCGAAAGAGCAACCGCCGGCACUAGCGACGAGCGCGAAAGCAGAAGCGGCGAGAGAGCCGAGUGAGGACCGACAACCUGCUUCUCCUGCGGCGGGAAGAAGCAAGCUCGUGGAGGAAGGGCCGCCUGCGGGGGGGGGCUACGGCGAGGAGACGACAGUAUGCGUUCCGCUGCCUGACGAAGGAGAAGGACCGGAGAUAGCGGCGACAGCCACUGCUGCCGAUCUCCCUGUUUCGGACUCGAGCUCGCCGGCACCCUCUUCCGGGUCCUCUCCGUUGUCCGCCGAGAGGGGUCUGGUAUCCAACGCACCACAAGACGACGGCCCGAUGGGGUCUGGUAUCCAAGUUGGACGAGUGGCGGCAAGUCCCGGUCGGGAGCAACCGGGGCUGACACCUCCGCGACACCGCUCUCGCUUCUCUACGCCGCCUGCCAUUAUCACGGACCCCGCUCGAAAGAACGGACCGAUUGGCUUGACAAGCAAUGGGUCAAAGGAGGUGAUGGCGAGCCCCGACCCGCCGCGGUUUGCGUUGACCCCUCCGGGAUAUCGCUGCCGCCUAGCGGCUAAGCCCGGUGCGGGGCGGGUGGUCUCUCCUCUGGCGCAAGGGGCAUCCCCGCAGACAGGUGUGGAGGAGAGAAAGGCCACAAUGCCCCCGCGCCAUGCGGGGCUGACACCCCCCGGGUACCGUUCCCGCUCGUAUUCCUCUUCGCCGUCUGCCAGGAGGAGAGCGUCUUCCCUUGGCCAAGGUUCGAUUACGAUGGCAGGCGAAGAAGGGGCCAGGGAGCCGAGCUCGUCGGCGAGGCCGCGUCGCACGGGGCUGACCCCUCCAGGCUACCGCUCCCGUCCUUCUCCGCCGCUGGCCGGGAGGGUGGACUCGCGGCGGCGCGAGAGCGCGCCGGCCGCGUCGCCCGGCGUGAGGUCUGUUCUCGGCGCCUCGGACGCAGGGGGACACUUGACGCCUGGCCGCGACAUCGCCAAGGCUCCCGCGUUCGAGCAGCGGACGGGGAUUCUGGAAGGUACUCCGACGCGACGUCGGGCUUGUAGUUCGCCGGGAAUGUACAGACCCGGGAAGAUGCGGCAGGAGAGGCUUGGAGGCCGCGAUGGUGUCGGAGAGGAAACGGAGAAGGUGGUGGAGGGGGCGACAAGCCCCGGGUCUUUGCCGGAACCCUCGAGUCCAACACAGCAGCAGCAGGAACGGCCUGUCGGAGAUAAGGAGGUGCGCAAGAGCGACAACGACGGUUGCUCACCGGUGGCAAGCGGUGACGGCAAUCAGCAGGGCGGCGGUGUCCUGCAAAGCUCAAGCCCCCGCGUUGUCGAUGCCCGCCCGACGAAUUCAAGACCGAUGGGGGGCGUCGGGUUACCCAGAGUGUCCAGUCCCACGGAUCAGCACCAGCAACAGGAGGACGCAUCAUGCGUGCCGAUGACCGGCGAUGAGAGCCCGCGCAAGGCCGUUAUGUCGAGGUGCUCCAGCCCCUGCACUGCUGUCGACGCCCAAGCGACCGAGUCGCCAGCCACGGGGACGGUAGAGUCGCCAGGAGCUUCUGCCAGCCACGAACCGCGAAGUCACCAACAUCAGGGUUUCGGGGUUGAAACUGCUGCUGCUGCUGCUGCUGCUGCUGCUGCUGCUGCUGCUGCUGCUGCUCCUUCUGACGUUGGACAAGGCGGGGAGCAGGAGCAAGAGGCACCGCGGAGUUGCAACGGCGCUGCAUGCUCGCCGCUAGCUCGCACCUUUGCGUCGCCCGUGCACGACGGUGUGCCCGCGUGCACCACCUCCCGAUUGGUCGCGGCCUCUCCACCGCGAAUCGCCGGUUGUUCGGCAUGUGAAACUGCUGUGGAUGACUCUGGUCGUGGUGCUGACGGUCGCGGUGGUAGCAGCUGCGAUGACGCCGCCGCCGCCGCUGCUGCUGCGCCCGUGUCUGCGUCGGACAAUAGUGCGGAGGCCCAGGCACCGCCCAAGGAAAAUGAGCAGAACCUUUCGGAGGCGUCGCAGACACCGCUAAUGACAGGCGAGGGAAUGAAAAAAGGGGAGAAGGAGCCGGAGGCGGUUCAGGCACCGCCAAAGGCGGACGAAGGGAAGGGAGAGGAGGAGCUUCACGAGACAUUCCCUUGCAGCACGAACUUUGCCGCCGGUUUCGUCGCGGGCAGGCGAAAGCGGAGGGCCGUUUCCGGCGUCCCCGUGGUCACAGUGGCGGCGGCGACGGCGGCAUUGUCGCCGGUGAGUGCAGAAAGGAGGAGAGCUUCUUCGGGUAGCAAAUCACCGGAGAGCUCUUUGGAGCAGGAGGGCGGGCUGGGGGAGAGCUCGGGUGCGGAAAGCCCGGGCGAUGAGUCCGGGUCGAGCUGGGAGACAUGUUCGAGUAGCGAGGAGGAGGAGGGGGGGGGGGUUGGGGGGGCGGAAGGGGAGGAGGGCGAAGGAUGGGGGCGGCUGUCUUACCUCGACGAAAUUGACGAGCACCCCUACGGCGGCGUUGUUGUCAUCGACCCGGACCUUGUGCGGUCCGGAGGGUCUAGCAGCGGAGGCGGUUCCGCGCGGUCUUCCAUUCCACGGUCUUCUUUCGAUGACGAGGCUCGCUCGGGCGGGCGUAGGUCGUGGACUGCAUGCCCUCCUACGGCGGAUAUGUCCACACAGACCACCCAAGCGGAGGAGGGUGUUGCCCACAUCCUGGUGCAGGCGGGUGACGGGAAACUGCUGUCCGAGGCGGAGUUGCGGGAGGAGUACACCCAGCGCGAGCUAAGGGAGAGGUUGGAGAUGAUGAACCACGACCUCCUCGCUGAGGUGUUUCACCGGGAGAUCGUCAAGCAGGAGGAGGCGCAGAAGCGCCGGAAACAACAGGAGGCCCACGAGGCGGAGAUCCUGGCGCUAAGGAACGAGCUCCAUGCCGUCCAGAUGAGCCACAAUAACGAGAAAAUCAAGAUGCGCUGGGAGCACGCCGACGAGCUGGCGAGAGUCGAGGCGGAAGGGGGCGACGUGGUGGGCAUGAGGCAAGAGCUCGAGGAAGAGAGAAAACUGCGCGAGGAAGACGAAAGGCGUUACGAGGCCGCGCUGCAGCAGGAGCGCCAGCACCGGAGAGAGUGGGAAGCGCGGAGCGACGAGCACGCCCGGGAUAAGCGGGAGCAGGCGAAGCAGCACCGGGAGGAGAUGAGGCGACAGAUCGCGGCGGAGAGAAAGAGGGCGGAAGGGGAGGCGAGGAAGAAGCUGGAAGCUCGGCAUAAGGAGGCCCAGCAGAAGGCGGAGGAGGUGGUGAAGAUGCAGCUCACGAUGAUCAAGGAGAUGGACCAGGAGAACGACGAGCUGAGGGAGGAGAACGCCGAGCUGAGGGAAAAGCUCGGCAUCGAGGACGAUGGCGAAGAUGAGGAAGAGGAGGGGACCGAGGCGGGAUGACGUUGCGAAGGCACCGGUUCCUGCUGCGAGAAAUGCUGUCGACAGGCAUCACCGAAGAAGGGAUGUUUAUUUUUUCCACCCGCGAGAGUGGGGGCGUUCCAGAAAAUGGUUGUUGACAUUCAUAUUUGGGGAUGGAUGGAACCGCCAAACCUAUCUGGGGGGGGCGGGCUCCGCGGAAUAUGUGUGUAUCCAUGGAUGAAUGGGUUACUUUUGUUGUCAAGAGUGUAUGCCGGGUUCGAAGCAUAACACGCCCGCAGGGGGUAAGAAAUCGUGUACUCUUGAUGGGCAUUGAGCAAGGUCUAGCCUUGUCGUCGCGGGCCAGGACCUUAUCGGGCUGACGGACAGAUGAGACUACCCCCGGGGGGGUGUAAGAGGAGCGAUGAAGCGAUAGCCAGAAAACAGAGCAAUCUUUAGGAUCGAUGAUGGCGGGUUAAUGAGUUGAUAGAUGCCGCGUUGCAGCCGGAAUCGAUGGGUGUUGUCGGAGGCUUUCCGCACAAGGAGGCGCUCAAUCUCGCCAAGUGUACAAGGAAGCAUGGCCACGGGUUUUGUGUUGUGGGUCUUGCGGUCUCCGAGCGUUCCAUGCUGUUGGUGUGCCCGCAUCCGUUGGACGGUUGAGGUAGCACACACAGAAUGAACAUUUCGCUCGCUUGACACGUAGAGAUUGGAAAGGUCAGGAAAGGAAUCGACAGCAUAUACUUUUUUUUUGCCCAUACGCCCUUCAGUGCCUUGCAGUCUAGUGACCUUUUGUUUUGCUACCACCUUUGCUACGCGUUCGUUUUUGUCUGUUCCACUGCUUUGCUUAGGUUUUCUAUUUACCAAAUCUUAGUUUGUAGUCAUUGAUUUGGUUUUGGUGCCUCGGGAUCAUGUGUGAGUUUUAGGCAACAAGGCUUUCUGGAAGUCUCGAAAAAACAUUCGAUCGUUUAUCGGGAUUUUCUUCGGGGGGUAAGGUAUGGGGGGGGGGGGGGGUACGAAAGCUCAAGCGCUCCUUGUUGUAACUAAAUGUCCGUUGUUGCUUCGACGCUGCAUUCAAGCAGAACAUACUACUAUUGUUAGACUAUACGUAGUCUAAGUGAAGGUAACUCUUGCCUUGUCGUUCUUCAUUGGUAUGUUGUACUGUAUCGUGUUGCCUGUAUCGGCGAAAUCCACACCGUUUAUUACCACUUGAAGUACGUUAACAACGCUAAAUGUCCGAGGGGGGGGGGAGGGGGGGGGACAGUAGUAGUGCCUUGGGGUAUUUAUCAGGCCGCAGACACCGGAGUUACUUCAGAAGAUAGGGACACGUUCAGAAGCGCUCUUUUCUUCGUUUCGUUUGACGAAAAAUGACUUUGAAUCUGUCGGGGGUCCUCUGCCUCGAUUUAGAAUACUAGACUGCUUGUAGUGGUAGACUAGACACCACGUCGCACAAAAAAACUAAAAAAACUAUGG